GAGUAAACAUUCGUCGUAGAGUGUCGCCGCGUGCGAGAUAGACGUAGUGUGUGCACGCGUGCGUCAAGUAUCGCUGUUCGCAAGAGUUAACGGCAAUCGAGCGAGCGCGCUUUCCGUAGAACGAAACGAGGUGUAAGUGUGUAUUACGUGCGAAUUUUCCGCAAAUUCGUUCGUUCGAAACUUCGAGAAGCCGCCACGACGGAUUCGUCCGUCGCAUUUCUCCAUCGCUACCGCCGUCGCCGUCGUCAUCGUAGUCGUCGUCGUCGUCAACAUUCGUCAGUAGUUGGCGCUCGAAAAUCCGGAAUGGCAACUGGGUGGAAUCGCGGGUGAAGCGGCGCGGGACGGCGAUGCGCCGCGAUGCGAGAUUGAUUCGGGAUCGAUCCCUCGUCGCCGUUGGCGCGUUUCGCGGAAUCGCAGCACCCGUCCCGGUGCUCCGCGCGCGCGCUCGGGUCCGGGCUAGGGGCCCUCGGCAGUCGAACAGCGCAAUCGAUAACCCCGCUGGCGCUUUUUGUGCUGGGCGAGCGAUCGUAAUGGCGAGAGCGUGGCGUCGAUCGACGAUAGGCGGCGAGAGUGGGAGACAGUGGUAAAAACAAUGCUGAAUCGCCGGGGAGUCGCGCAUUGCUGACAAAGUCUUUAUAGAUGUGUGCAAGGAUAUUAUUCAUAUCCAUUGCUCUUAAUUGAUACAUUGGCUUUUAAAUAUGGAUGAUGAAGAAGGGGCUUCAAGUUCUGGACCUAUGUCUUCGUUAAACAGUUUGUUCUCCUUCACCAGCCCCGCUGUGAAAAAAUUGCUUGGCUGGAAGCAAGGUGACGAGGAAGAGAAAUGGGCUGAGAAAGCAGUGGAUUCGUUAGUGAAGAAAUUGAAGAAGCGCAAAGGCGCGAUUGAGGAACUGGAACGGGCGCUGAGCUGCCCCGGGACACCGAGUAAAUGCGUAACGAUUCCUAGAAGCUUGGAUGGCAGAUUGCAGGUUUCACAUCGCAAGGGCUUGCCACAUGUGAUAUAUUGUAGAGUUUGGCGAUGGCCGGAUCUGCAAUCGCAUCACGAAUUGAAGCCAUUAGAGCUGUGUCAGUAUCCGUUCUCUGCCAAGCAGAAGGAAGUCUGCAUCAAUCCUUACCACUACAAAAGGGUAGAGAGCCCGGUACUGCCACCGGUAUUGGUUCCUAGACACUCGGAAUAUGCUCCUGGCCAUUCCUUGUUGCCAUUUCAGCAGCUGGCUGAUCCGAGCAUGCCUCAUAAUGUGGCCUAUUCAUCCAGCGGUUUCAAUGCCGGUUCCACAAGCGGUGUCAAUCCGACGUCGCCCAUGUCCUCUGUCGGCUCCGUGCCCAGUCCAGGGAGCACAACUUUGCCAAAUCCUCAGAGCCCGUAUGGUACCAAUGGAUUACCAGAGACCCCGCCGCCAGCGUACUCUCCGCCCGAAGAUGGUUCUCAGACCGGACAAACCACGUCGUCGGAUUCUGUUCCGAUGGACACAAGCACGUCAAUUGAAUCGGCCAUACCUGUAUGUUACCAAGAACCAUCUUACUGGGCUUCGAUCGCUUAUUACGAGCUGAAUUGUCGAGUGGGCGAGGUGUUUCAUUGUCACUCGCACUCCGUAAUUAUUGACGGCUUUACAAAUCCGAGCAACAACUCCGAUCGCUUCUGCCUGGGACAGUUGUCCAAUGUAAAUCGAAAUUCUACAAUAGAGAAUACAAGGCGGCACAUAGGCAAAGGAGUGCAUCUGUACUAUGUCGGGGGAGAAGUUUAUGCCGAAUGUCUCUCGGAUUCUGCGAUAUUUGUACAAUCUAGGAAUUGUAAUCACCAUCAUGGCUUUCAUCCCAGCACAGUUUGUAAAAUUCCACCGGGAUGCUCAUUGAAAAUAUUCAACAAUCAAGAAUUUGCCCAGCUUCUGUCGCAGAGUGUGAACCAUGGGUUUGAAGCUGUCUAUGAAUUAACGAAGAUGUGCACUAUAAGAAUGUCUUUCGUGAAGGGAUGGGGUGCGGAAUACCAUAGACAGGAUGUUACAUCGACUCCUUGUUGGAUCGAGGCUCAUUUGCAUGGACCUUUGCAAUGGUUAGACAAAGUGUUGACGCAAAUGGGUCCUCCCCACAACGCCAUAAGUUCGGUGUCAUAAGCAAAUGGAAUGUUCCAAUAAUAUUGUGCAGUAACGUUAAUAUUACUGGAACAUUUGUGCUACCUGGAAAUAUGCACGCAUCACAGAAAUUUAUUUUAAGCCAUUCUGCAUAAGACAUAAAACGCGAGUCGCAAGUCAUAAACACGACAGCUAAUCAGAAGUUUCAAUGGUAUUUAACACUUCUGAUUGUUGCGUCCUCAUCUUAUGUAGAAUGUCUUAAGGGGAUGCUAAAGACGUCAGUUUUAUCGACUAAACGGUGACUUCCGCACAUACGAUUUACAAAAUAUCAUUAUACUACGUCAAUAUCUGUAUGUAUCGCAUAUAUUGUUCUUUGCGUGCCAUACGUUUGUCAGUGUUUAGGAUUGUCUCUUCUGCAUACAUCCGUAGAUAUAUGGGUCCUACAGUUUUAACAGUUUCUACAGUUAAAACUGUAGGUUUCCGAACGGUUUAUUAGAAGAGACUUUCCUGGGCAGAUUUAGAAUUAUACUGUUUAAACCUGAAACUUUGGCAUGGAAAGCAAAUUUGCAACUCCUUAUGCCCACAUCGCAUACAUAUAGAUAAACUUUUUGCAUCAAAUUAAGUGUCUAAAUCCAAUUCUAAGAAUUCGUCGUCGUUUCUUCGUGUAAUCUACAUGUCUGGACUUCAAUUUUGUAAUUAUAGACUGUCGAGCUUUUAUAUUAAGCAAAUAUUGAUUUAAGAAAAAUGAUAAAAAGAUCUAAAUUAAACAUUUUUUCCGUUCUCAAAAAAUGUACUGUAGACAGAAAUCCGUGCUGUAGACAUAAAUUAAUGUAUAUACUUUAAUUUUGGAAAGGGAUUUCUAAAAAAAGUAUAUAUACGAAAAUUUGUCAUAAAGUUAUCGCGUUUUUUCGAAUAAAACAGAACUUUAGGAAUCCCCUUUAAAAAAAGGACAAUUAGUCUCGACUUUUAAGAGUUUAUAAAUAUAUAUAUAUAGGCUAUAUUUGCCAUAUGAGAGUUAUGAAAACUAUACACAGACGAAAUACAAUUACAGUAAGUUGUCCUAUGUUAUAUUUACAUUAAAAUAUAUGAAAAAAAAUGGUAAUGAAAUGAAUGAGAGAGAUGUAAUAUUUGAAAGAAAUAUAAAAACUUAUAAGAAGUUGCGCAAAAGAAAGAUAUUUAACGGUAAUCUCUGAAAAUUAUCGUGAUUGUGGAAUGUACACACUGUAACUCUUCUGGCUGUUACAUAGGGACAGAAUUAUAUAUAUAAUUACAUAUAUAAUUUUAUAUAUAUAUAUAUAUAUAUAUAUAUAUAUAGAGAGAGAGAGAGAGAGAGAGAGAGAGAGAGAGAGUUAGUAAUGAUAUAUAUAUAUAUUAUAUAUAAAAAGAAAUAUUUUUCAAAUCUAUGCAUCAGUCUAAUACUUUAUUUUAUAUGGAAACUUAUUGUGGAAGUAUUUGUCAGUGUCAUGCUAGAAACAAAAUCCUUUUAAUUGAAGUCUUAGACAAUUUUAAGAUUUAAUGUGAUUGAAAAAGAUGCAUAUAUAAUUGAAAUUGCUUGAAAGAGCAAUGAAGAAAGUAAAUUCUCUGAAUUAUGAGAGGUGAAAAGAAAAGAUAUUUUCUGUCGUUUGAAUUAAGCAUAAUCUAAUGAUUAUGUCUGUUAAGUUAUGUGUGUGCUUUAAAGUACAUUUGCAUAUAUAUAGAUCUACUCAAAUUUGUCAUUAAAUUACUUAUGAUUACGGGCUUUUAUUGAUGAACGAUGCGAUCUAUAUUUCAUUGUAAGACAUUGGACGUUGAUCUCACGUUGACUGUUGGUAAAGUUAACUGCGUCCGAUGAUAUAUUGAAACGACAAACUCGCUAAUCUAUAGAAAGAUCUAUGAUUCACGGCUUGCGCUCCAUCUCUGCGUACAUUACACUGCAUUGUACUUUUCUCGAUUAUCGUAUUGUGCGAUUCAAUGCUUUUUCCGUAUAACAAUUCCUAAGAACAGUACACGAUUAGGUAAGUUUUAUGUGUUAUAAAUAUAUGAAAUUUUAUGUGUUGUACAUAUUUCUUUGAUGAGAAUUGUCAUACACACGUAUAUACAAGUGUGUGCGUGUACGUAUGUGUGUGUGUAAUGAAAAGAAGUCAUCUAUUAGUAAGUUUAUACAUUGCUUGAAAAGAGUUUACCAGUCGAUUGGAAUUAAGCUUGAUAUUACGUUUGUUACUUUUUUACAUUACAAAAAGUGCCAAAAAGAAUAAAAUAUUCGCAUAUGUUUAAUUUACGCACUGUGAUAUUUCAUCAAAAAAUGCAAUUCUUUCAUUGUAUUUAAUCAUGUUUCCAAAGUUUUAAAUCGAUUGUCUCGAAUGAGUACAUCAAUUUUACCGAGUGUCUUAAAAGCCGUCAGAUAUUAACAGUGCCUAAUUAUAUAGACAAUACCAUCUUGUUUCACUGCCAUUUGCCUGUCACUGAUUUUGCCGAUGUGUGCCUAGCUGUGAUUCUUUGCUAUUCAAUUUGGCAAAUUUGGUGAUAAACAGAAGAAAGUACGAAAGGGGAACAAGGCUUAUUUGGCUAAUAGCAUUAUAAUUUUUCCAUAAUAGACAAAAAAGUAUUAAGAGAUAAGCUAUUUGCUUAAUUAAGUGAUAAAGAAUAAGGUGUAACUUAUAAUUGGAUACAAUUGGAAUAGGAUGUUUGGUACAAACGUAAAACAGAAUUUACUCGAUAUUAAAAUAAUGUGGUACAAUUGCGCUAAUUGCACAAGUGAUGGAGACAAUAAUUGACAACCACAAGAAAAAUAGAGUAAAAUAUAAGAUACUUUCAGCCUGUUCUGAGGAAAAUUUAUUGUUCAAUACAACUAAUCUGAUCGAAUUUUGUACGCGAAGGAACCGAUCAGUAUUCUGUAUUAGAAGAUAAAACUGUAAAAGUAAGUAGGAAAAAAAUGCCAUAUACUUUAUAAUCAUUUCUUUCUAAAUCUUUCUACGAAUUGGUUCCUUUCUGCAAGAUGUGAUCUGAUAUUGUCUGGAAUUUUCAAGAAAUGCACACGAAUUAGAGAUCUUUUUUAGCGAUUGUAAUUUGCGUCGAUGAACUAUUGAUUAAGAAUGAUGUUACGAAAUCUUUUCAGCACGUUAAGCUCUGUCACGUUGGAAACGUGCACGAUGCAUUAUAUUAAGAUGUGCGUGUACAUGAAGAGUGUCUUAUACGCAAGAUUAUACUUGCAGCUUAUAUUUCACGUUAUCACAUCGUUUUCUUGCUAACUGAUUAUCAAUAUAGAUUAGUCGCGAAGCCCGUUUACAAAACAGUUUUGCCCAAGCCCUUGAGCCUAAUCUUCAAAAUGAGGCGUACUUAAGUCUGCGAGAAAUCGACUUCAAACUUAAUGCUCUCAAGGAUCGAUGGAACACUAUACCUUUGUUGCGUGCCGCCCAAGUUUGUGCCUUUGGCUGCCUUUUAUAUUAUGUAGUUAUACAAGUGUCAUGAUAUAUACAAUUUUUAAAAAUGUAUAAUAGCAGGAACGUGUGAAAGGGGUGAAAUAUGUAUUUAAAAGUGCAUAGAUGUUUUUCCUUCCGAGAGGAGAAGAAUUGUACAAGAAUUCCCUCGAUUGUUCACGUGUAAAAUAAAUGUACAGCUCUUUAUUUGCAUUGUAAUGUCACACACUGUAGUAUACGUAUAGCUAUGCAUUAAUCAGAUGUAGUUGCCUGAUAUCGAGUCUUGUUUGUUUAACAUAUUUGUCUAAUGAUUACAGUCGUGCGAUGUGAAUCAAAAUUUUGCAAUCGAGCUACCUUGGAGAAGAUAAUUCUCUCGUGCCUUGGAAAUAUAUAGAAGAAACUGAGCGCGUCUACAAUGAUGCUUGUACAACAUGCUGCAAACGGCCAAUCGACACGUCACUGACUCUUAUCGUUUUAAAUAUAAACAUGAAUAUUUUUUAUAUAUUAACACGUAAUAUACAUAUUUCUUAUUAAUCUAUUACAUAUGUAUAUAACUUACAUUAUAUAUAUGUAAACACACACACAUACACACACAAAUCAUUUUUAGAUCAAAGAAUGCUCCAGACGCCCACUCGUUGAAAUAGAAACGCUCGGUUCCUUUUAUAGAAAAGCCGUCUAUUAAUGUAAAGGCCGUGAAGAAUAAAUAGAUGAACGAUUGAAGAGUGUGCGAUUUGGAAACGGGCUUUCGCGACAUAUUCCGCACGUCAAUGACUGUAAAUAUAUUAAAUCUCGUUAGUCGUGUCGAGAGCACGUCUCUCUUCAGAAUCCAUUCCACGUUAUGUACCGUUAGAGAAGAUAACUGCGGGUUUCUUUCUUUUUCCUUUUCCCUUUGCGCGAGAUUUCCCCAAGAGACGCUCAUGUGGCUGCAUCGUGUUCGCGACUAUCAGCGACGAUGUAGGCACACGAGCCCUCCUGUACCUCUAUACAGCCACUUCUGCGAGAAAAUAGGACGUAGUUAUCGUAAGACUAUACGAAAUUGACGCGCGUUAGCUGCCAAGCACGGCAUGCAGUACAUCCUUAUUUCGCACGUUCUUCCUUUCUUUAUGGUGAAAAAGACAUUUUAUGUACAGAAAUGAUAUUUUAGUUGUACAUACAUACAUAUAUCUAAAAUGUAUGUUUGUAUGUAUAUGUAUAUGAUGUAGUGAAGAAAUGGUAGAAAAUCUUUGUGUUAUAUGUGACAUAUUACAUGAUAAGAGAUUAGGCUCUUAAUGAAAAACUAGUAUAAAUGGUUGGCUUAGUUAAACAGAUCUGCGUAUGCAGAGUGCGUACUUUGUUACCAUGGAAAAAAAAAAUGAAUGAAACAUGUCCCAGCACUCUGAUCGAGCGCUCUGCGUACCGAUAAGAUUUUCCGUCGUUGCUUGGCGAAAUUUUUAGCUAGCCUAUCAGGAUUAUGCAUUCGCGGAACACCGGAUUUCUUAGGAUAAAUUUUUCGUAAUCAACUGUGUAUCGUUCGGCAUGUAAAGAAAUUAUCCGCUCGGUCACGUUUACGCGCCCUCACCUGUGCUGUCUACGCAUGCAUUUCUGGUAAUCGUUGUCUUGUGCAGCUCUACCAAGUACGAAAUAAAAUUAAUACCUACCUGUGUAUCUACAUUGAA